GGAAUACACGUUCAUUUGUACUAUCAAAUGUAUUAGAUUACUCUCUUGACUUCGAAGAACCUUCAAAUAGUACACCUGCCAGGCGCAAGUGACGAUCAGCAAGCCAGACUGUGCAAGCGACCACCAUUUCACCCUGCUAUUUGUUGAUUCUGCGGUAUUUCUGUGGCUUCUCUCACGCGCUUUGAGAUACUCCUGCUCAUCCUGGACAGCCUUAAUGUUGUCUGCGAGGACACGUAUCUCGUGUUCGAUCGGGAGGGUGUGUCCCUCGUCUGGCACGUACAAGAUGCCGUGCACGUUGAAGGACAGCGUCUUGUCAGUGUUGUAGCUCAUAGCGUUGCUGAAGCAGUAGGUGUACCUGCCGUCUUUGUCUGCGAUGAACGAAUAAGUACCGGUAUCUUUGCCGUUGUUGGUGUAUAGGGGGCCAGAAGGGUCAGAGAGUGCGAAGUCGAUGUCGAGAUUGCCACCGCUGGACACCUGGCUGCUGUCUGUCAGUCUCGUGUGUGCGUAUGCGCGUGUGUGCGCUGGAAGCAAACCCACUAAGUGACGGUCAUCUGGGGCUAGUAAGCGACCAGCUGCUGGAGAACAGAGUAGAAUAUACGCACCUCAUCAUUCUUGUGCAAGUCCUGAAGAUCGUUAGCCAGCGUCUCUGAUAAUAGAAAGACUGACCUCGAAAUAACAAUCCUUAGAGCGGGCUGGUAUAGUCACAAUGUAGGCUUCUAUAGUGACUGCCAGAGCCAGUAUAGCGUAUAAUAAUUGCUGCAUAGUUGAAUAAUUUUUAAUCUGGCGUUUCAGAGAAGAAGAAGCCUGGGACGAUCUCGAGCGCUUACAUCCAUAAUGUCAGCAGAAGAGCCAAAGCCAGAGACAGCACACGUUGAAGAGCCACAAGAAGAGUCAACAGCUCACUUCGAGCCUGUUGUUAAGCUCACAGAGACGGUCGAGACAAAGACAAACGAGGAGGACGAGGAAGUCCUCUUCAAGAUCAGAGCAAAGCUGUUCAGGUUCGCUAAGGAUUCCUCCGAAUGGAAGGAGAGGGGUACGGGUGACGUCCGUAUACUCCAGCACAAGGAGACCAAGAAAGUACGUCUGGUCAUGCGCAGAGACAAGACAUUGAAGGUCUGCGCGAACCACUUCCUCACCCCAGACAUGAAGCUCUCUCCUAACAUUGGCAGCGAUCGCAGCUGGGUAUGGGCAGUCGCUGCAGAUGUCUCAGAGGGCGAGCCAACAGCUGAAACAUUGGCUAUCAGAUUCGCUAACGCAGAGAACGCAACGGCUUUCAAGGACAAGUUCGAAGAGGGUGUCAAGUUGAACGGCGAGCUGAAGGAUGACGCUCCAGCCAAGGAGGAUGCCCCAAAGGAGGACACCAAAGAGGAAGCCAAAGAAGACGCAGCAGCUGAGGAGACCAAGGGACACCCAGAAGAAUCCGUUGACGAAGCCAAGAAAGCCUAAUACCAUUAUAGUACUUUUUUGAGUGCAUGCAUACGCUCAUUUAUUACAACUUCCUGUUAGACCCGACGGCGAAUGUGUUCAAAAGACCGCUCUGUCUUGCUCUCCUGACUGCCUUGCCCAGUUUGCGCUGUUCUUUCCAGCUCAAGCCGGUCUUCCUCCUUGAUUGUAUCUUGCCCAUCGAGGUUAAGAAGACAGACAUGGCGUUAGGGGACAGAGAGAGCCUGUUCAGAUCAGGUAACUUGACACCCUCGGGCGCUGAAGGCUUUUUGAAGAAUUGUGCGGGCGUGUGUCCAAAGCUCGAGGGGUAGUAGCUGUGGCCAGUUCUGAAGGAGCUUGCUGGCAGAUACUCUGACGGGUUCUGCGCGCUGGAUCUCGUCUGCAGAGGCUCCAUGUUCUCUAGCAAAUAAUCCAAACCCUGUGAUUUCUGUGGCGCUCUCCUCGUGGCUGUAAAAUUUCUAGCUAUCGUUCUCAGCAUCUUGGUGGUAGACUCUC